AAGCGACGGUGGACGGUUAAAUUGGGGAGAAAUUGCGUUUAGGGUUGUUUAAAUAAAGUUGGUGCGCCUGCGUUAGGCAGUAGGUCGUAGUAUGAUUACGGCUUAAAAAAUUAAAGCGGAGUUUUUUCAUGUUUAACCUGAAAUUUUAAGGGGGUUUUGUGGAGGGUUUGUGACUGUGUGUGUGGUGCCGAGGUGUUGGGAGACAUGGGAAAUAUCCAUACGGUGGGACCGAAUGAAGCCCUCAUUGUUUCAGGAGGAUGCUGCGGUUCGACCAAGCGCGUGACGAUCGUAGGCGGCUGGGCAUGGGCCUGGUGGUUGGUGACGGACGUCCAGCGUCUGUCCCUCGAAGUGAUGACGUUAAAUCCCAUGUGCGGAAACGUGGAAACUGCUCAGGGGGUUCCCCUAACGGUCACAGGAGUGGCCCAGUGCAAGAUAAUGAAAGCUGAUGAACUCCUCUACACCGCUUCGGAGCAGUUUCUCGGGAAAUCAGUCAAGGAGAUCAAAGCGACGAUUCUCCAGACGCUGGAAGGGCACUUGCGUGCCAUUUUAGGAACUCUUACAGUCGAAGAGGUGUACCGCGACCGGGACCAAUUCGCAGCCCUCGUCCGGGAAGUGGCAGCCCCGGAUGUGGGUCGGAUGGGCAUCGAGAUCCUCUCCUUCACCAUCAAGGACGUCUAUGACGACGUCCAGUACCUCACAUCCCUCGGGAAAGCCCAGACGGCGAUGGUGAAACGCGACGCCGACGCCGGCGUCGCCGAAGCCAACCGGGAUGCCGGAAUACGCGAAGCCGAAUGCCAGAAAUCGGCAAUGGACGUCAAGUACUCCACCGACACCAAAAUCGAGGACAAUUCACGAAUGUUCAAGUUGCAAAAGGCCAACUUCAAUCAAGAAAUUAACACUGCCAAAGCCGAAGCACAAUUGGCCUACGAAUUACAAGCCGCUAAAAUUCGCCAAAAAAUUCGAAACGAAGAAAUUCAGAUCGACGUGGUCGAGAGGAAAAAACAAAUCGAAAUCGAGGCUCAAGAAGUGAUGAGGAAAGAGAGGGAGUUGAAUGCGACGGUGAGGCUUCCGGCCGAAGCCGAGAGCUACAAAGUCCAAAUGAUCGCGGAAGGGAAGCGGACUCAGACUGUGCAGACGGCCAAGGCCGAAAGCGAGCGCAUCAAGCUUUUGGGCACGGCUGAGGCCUCGGCCAUCGCAGGCAUCGGCAAGGCCGACGCGGAGCGCAUGCGCCAGAAAGCCGCCGUUUACAAGCAAUUCGGGGACGCCGCCAUCAUGUCUCUCGUCAUAGAUGCCUUACCAAAGAUCGCAGCCGAAGUCUCCGCUCCGUUGGCCAAAACCGAGGAGAUUGUUCUGAUUGGAGGCCCUGACACGACGACGGCCGAGAUUACCCGACUGGUGGGCCAGAUCCCACCCGCCGUCAAUGCCUUAACGGGAGUGAAUCUAUCCCAAGUUCUCGGGAAAAUCCCCGGAGCUACAACGCAACAAGUCGCUGCCGCUGUCAAAUAAUAACCUUGCACUUUGGCUCAGGAUGUUUUUUUUGGCGAACUCACUCGCCUGCGGCUGGUGUUCAUACAAAUUCAGUAGGGUAGUAAAAAAUUCUCGAUGUAUUUUUCUACUCCCAUUGGACGGAUGAGUCGGUUUUUGUUUCGGGUUCGAUUGAACACCAACUAGUACUCCGCUUUACCUUUUUUAUUUUGUCUAUAUUUUGUGUUGUUUUAGGCUUUUACACUAGGUGUGUAUUGUUACUACCCACUUGUGUGAAUAAACAUAUUUUAGUAAAUGG